AUGCAUGCAGACAUCCCCAAAAUCUUACUCAAUCCUCUGAGAGCAUGUCUCUACCUCGCUAUCCUCCUUGCCGUUCAAGGAGCUUCUUUGGGAUCUCGCCAGUCUGGUGUGAAUGCCAUCAUAUCUGAGCUAAAGACUGUUGUGUCAGAUCUCGCUACGUUCAAUGCUACCUUGAACUCUUUCCAUGGUGGCUUGAACGGAACCCUACGUGCAGUUCAAAUCCAAGGGCAGGCCCAGACCUUAAUAAAUGAUAUCAACAAAGCAACUGCCACGGUCAAAAUCACUCCAUCACUGGGCACUACUGAUUCGGUCGUUCUCGUCAACAAUGUGGUCAACUUACAGACACCAAUUUACUCAACCAUUAACAACCUCAUCUCCCAUAAGUCAGCUUUUCAGAAUGCUGUCCUAGGAGUAGGAUCUGCAGGCUUUCUUGUGAAGUCCGAUUUGAACAACCUACGUAUUGCGACGGCCAACCUGGGAAACGCAAUCGUCCAGCGCUUAGUACCCGAUAUUCAGAAGCUGGCACCCCUUGUUACGGGUGAAAUCAACUUUCAUAUUACCCGGGCUAUUCAGGCGUACUCCAACUAG